AUGUUGUACUCAUCCGCAGCAGCGCUCCUUGGCUUCGCCGCCUUGGGAAGCUCCCACAUGAUCAUGAACACUCCAAUUCCCUUUGGAAAAUCAUCCCUCAACAACUCGCCUCUUCUGGCCGACGGCAGUGACUUUCCCUGCAAGCAACGCGGCGGCGUAUACGAGCCCGAAGGAGCCAGCAACCCCAUGCCCAUCGGCUCAACCCAACCGCUGAAGUUCACUGGGAGCGCAACCCAUGGAGGUGGUUCCUGCCAGAUCUCCGUCACCUAUGAUGCCAAGCCAAACAAGAACAGCGUCUGGAAGGUCAUCCACUCCAUCCAAGGUGGCUGCCCCGCCCAGGGAGUUGAAGGAAACACUGGCAACGACGCCAACGCGGCUAGCCCAAGCACAUACUCCUUCAAGGUCCCUUCGGCCCUCCCAGUUGGCGAGGCAGUGCUCGCCUGGACAUGGUUCAACAAGGUCGGUAACCGUGAGAUGUACAUGAACUGUGCUCCCAUCACCAUCUCUGGCGGCUCUGCCAAGCGCAGCGCCCGUCUCGUGCAACGCGACCAAGCCGCCUUCAACGCACUCCCAGACAUGUUCACAGCCAACAUCGGCCCUGGAUGCGCUACAGAAAACGGCGACUUGAAGUUCCCCAAUCCCGGCGCCUCCCUCGAGACGCUCGGAGCCCCAGGUGUGAAGUACUUUGAUCCUGUGGGAGCGACUUGCCAAAAAGCAGGGUCUGCCCCAGUUGCAGGAUCCUCGCCAUCAGCAGAUGCAGAAGCCACUAAGUCCACUGCUAAAGCUACUGCUAAAGCUACUGCGGCCCCAAGCCCUCCAGGAGGUGUCUUCGCAACUGUCGAGGUCGGUUCUAAGCCAACUGGAACCGGCGAGGCAUCAAAGCCCACGGCAACCGGCGAAGCAUCAAAGCCUACGGCAACCGGCGAAGCACCAAAGCCCACGGCAACCGGCUCAGCGCCAACGCCAACUGGCUCAGCACCAAAUACUGGCUCUGGCUCAGCUGGAGCAUCGGCCCCGGGUACCAAGUGCGCCACUGAGGGAAUGUGGAACUGCAUCGGCGGGACCUCCUUCCAGCAAUGCGCCAGUGGUACCUGGUCCGUUGUGCAACAACUCGCUGCCGGUACCACAUGCGCCGUCGGUCAAUCCGCUGCUAUCGACAUCAAUGCCUCGAAAGGAUCCAACGCCAAGAGGGCUGUCAACUUCUCUGCAUAA